AGCUAUCGGUAAGUGCACCAUAGUGCCAACACCAAGCCUAGAUCCGUUAGUUUACCAAUUGUCGUCAUCAAUGUCUCUAGCGCAAGCGACUAUCUUUGCCCGCCCCCUGACAGCAGCAUGUCUAGACGGGUACGCUGACGCCCAGGCGUUCGCCUCGAGUCGUGCGCCGACAGAACCAUUUUCAAAUUACCAAACGGUUUCUGAGCUGAAUCACAUUUAACCCACCCCACCCAAUAAUUUGCGGAGAGUCGUCCGUUCCCUCCCCACCAUCUGCAUGUAGUAUGGAGGAAACUUGGGCAGCCCUCAUCGGUCAGAUGCUCGCGAAUGCACCUGAUCCUAAUGAAAAGCUACCUCUUUCUAAUCGUGAAGGGACAAUAUGGGGAAUCUGUCUCACGUUCUUGACCCUUGCUCUUCUAGCAGCCGGGUUUCGACUCUACGUUCGUGUCUUUGUUGUACGGGAGCCAGGAUGGGAUGAUAUCUUCCUGAUUCUAUCGGUUGCGUGUGGUAUUGUGGGAACUACACAUAUUUGUCUCUCAACAGUGGACGGGCUAGGACAUCACUUUCUGUAUCUCCGCACUGAACAGAUGAAGGGCUAUUUACGCACUACCUAUGUCGCAAACAAUUCGUACCUCACUGCCGCUGUUUUCAUCAAGAUAUCAUUGCUUUUACAGUAUCUUCGAAUCUUCAAGGCUGGUAUUAUGCGGCAGAUCUCCCUUGGCCUCAUGGGAAUUACCGUCGUCUGGGGAUGCGCGUUCAUGAUUGUAGGUUGGUUUGACUGUCUUCCCCCGAGAGGAUUCUGGGACCGUACAGUUAAAAGCACGUGCUACGGCUUUGGUCUCGGCGUAGACGGUGUCCAUGGCUUUGUUACUAUCUUCCAGGCUCAUGCCGCCACGAACCUGUGCCUCGAUUUCGCCAUCUUUAUGGUGCCAUUGGUAUUGUUUUCGACGCCGAACCUAAAGAUGAAGACGUUAGUAGCGAUGUCUGGUGUGUUCGUAUGCGGCGCCACCGUUGUCAUAACCUCGGCCUGGCGACUCUACUCUAUCGUUGUCAAUGGUGCUGGCAUGCGCCCGUACCCCGACCCAACAUGGUACUCGCCCAUCUACGUAAUUCUCUCUUGCGUUGAAGUCCAGUUGGCCAUUAUUUGCGCCUCCAUGCCCAUAUUUUGGCCCAUGAUCGAGCAAUCGUUAGCAGCCAUCUUUGUCACAUACCAAGUAGAAGUUGUCGAGCAGCGCGUCGAGGAUCGGGGUUUUACGUACGAGCUCGAGCAUAUCAAGACGCGUGAGAGUGUCAAGAGCAGUAGUGCGUCGACAGAAGAGUUGACGCAGGGAUUGGGUUCGGAUUCGAAGGUGCAGUACUCGUUGGGUGUAGACCCGCUAGAUGCAGAGGCGCACAGAGAGAUGGGACCGCAUACGCAUAUCGGUAGUCGACCGAAGCCUAAGUGGGAAAUUUAAAAAUUCGAUCGGAUCGUAGAGGGAGAAACUCGAAGACUUUUCAUGUAUCACUUAUCCGAGGUUUUGAAUCAAUAACACGAUCAUCAUCCAUGUCCUGGCUAGUACUCUCGCCUCGACUCUCGCUAUCGAUUUUACCCUUCGGACUUCCACCCUGCUCGAAGGUGAACCUGGAGCCUCGUUCAGUGUCGGCGAGCUCUCAACGGUGGACAGUCUCACAUGUGAGGCACAGAGGAGACGUAGCACAGACACAACGCGUUAUGAGGGGUCUGCAGAAGUCCGGCAGAGACGUUGAGUUGUGACGAUUACAUUCAAUGUGCAAUGAUCUGACAGCAAAAUUGAUUUUGCCAAAGGUAUCAAAAGUCUUGAACAAUAGCACAAAGUCGCUGAUGGUUAAGCACUGGAAUUUGGGCCGGCAUCCAAACAAAAAACAUUAAGCUUCAAAGGAAUUAUUCUUGUAUGCCAAGAAAUGUAGGUUAAAGAUAC